UUUCCCUGUCUGUCUGUCCCAUAGGUAAAGGUUUUAAACAGCUCAGAUACAGUGCAGCAAGCCCCCCCCCUCAAGAAGCUAGAUCCAGAGAGGCGCUGGAUCCAGAGGCCAAAAUUUCAGCAUUUUUGCAGAAGCACAUAAAACAGAAAAUGUCACGUGUUGGACGACCAUCGACUUCCCUGAUCCACACAGGAUUCCUGUUAGCUAUUGUUUUACUACCAGAGUUUCUGGGGGCUGUUCCAGUGGAGAAGUACAGGGAGGGGGAAGUGCCUGUAGUGUCUGAUGAUGUGAACGCUGAGGCCAUGGAGAGCCUGAAGACGCUGGUUCGCAACAGAAGGAAUUCCCCCGUCUUGGCUGUGCCCCAGUUCAAACGCCUGCCGGACUUUUGGGGAUGGUACAAGUACUUCAUGGAUAGCCACAACCAGGAGGGAGUUGAGGAUCUGGAUCGUCUGUAUAUGGCCUACCUGCAGAACAAGCACAGGUCAGAGGAGGGCCCAACUUUCAACCACUACCUCAAGCACCUCAGUGAAAUCUACAAGUCUUGUGCCGAUUCCGAUGAUCCAGAGUGCAUCUCUGAGUCCACCAGCAAGCCAAAGGCUGCACUGGUGAUGCCCGCCCCCAUCAAGUCUGGUGCCAUCAGGAUGUGCAAUCCUUACCUCGACCCCUACUGCCUCUUCCCCCUUGUCCCCAAAGCUGCCCCACAGCCUGAGCCAGCUCCAGCCAAGGUGCCAGCCCCCAUCCUCACCCCCAUGUUGCCCAUGCCCCUGAAGAGCCCCACUGGCUUCUACUACUACGCCCCCGUCUUGGAGCCCUUCCUGAGCGCUGAGCAGAGGUCUGAGCUGCUGAGGAUCUGCAACUCUGAAGAUGUGGAGUGUCUGCAGUAUCACCUGAGGGCAGCUUAUGGCUACCGCCCAGCACCAGGCCCAGCCCCAUCCUACGCCGCCCUCAAAUGUGACCCCAAGGACCCCUACUGCAUGCCCCCCCUGGUCCACAAAGCCCCCACUGGCUUCUACCACCUGCUCUACCCCAGCUGUGACCCAGCAGUUGAUCCUCUGUGUGUGACCAACGCUGCUGCUUCUGCUACCCUCGCUGCAGAGGGGUCCCCUAAAGAGCAACACUGCAACCCUCUCUUUGACGGUGGCUGCAACCCCCUGACCGCCACCAAGCUAUCCGGCCUCACCAAGCCCGUACUGGAGUAUGCACCCAAGGAUGAGCCCGCACCUCCUGCUGCUCCUCUGGCCUGUGACCCUCGCUAUGACCCAUUCUGCAUACUGGCAGCCGCCGCUGCCCUGCGCAGGCCUGCUCCACAGAUCCCCCAACACCAGGUCCGCUACAAGCUUGGCAUCCAUGGCAAGACCAAAGAGGGCUACGACUGCUAUGUGCACUAUGACAAAGACUGCACCCCGGUGAAGUCUGGCCCCGAGGCCAAAGCCGACAUCAAGGCUCCAGCCAAGCCCUUCUGCCAUCCGUUCGACCCCAACUGCGGAAAGUUUGCUUCAACCUCCGGCGUCGAGGCCCCGAAGCCAGACAAGGAUGGCAUAAUCCUGCCCAACCCAGACUGUGACCCUGAGUACGACUACAACUGCCGCCUGCGUCGCCCUAAGCCUGCCGCUGUUGCUGACGAGCCCGCAGCUGCUGAGGAUAAAGCUGCGGAUGAGCCCGCCAAGGAGGUUGCUGUCCAACGCUUUGAAGACUUCCUCAGGGGCGUCAUGAGCCAGCACAAGUAGAUUUCAGAAAUAACAACAGAAUCAACACCUACUAGAUAAUCUACCUAGCAGAAUUGAAACUCACUCUGUAGUCCCUAAUCGUUAUGGACUUGAUGGACCACAAGCUUUCACAAUAUCAUCAAGUCCAUACAAAACUAUAAAAUCAAUCAGAAAAUAUUGCAGCUGUUAAAUAGUGAAUCUGAUUUCCCCAGAAAAUCUGAAGGUAUCCUAGUUUUGGUCUGUUUUUACAAAUGUGGAAAAAUUGAAGAGGGCCGAGCAACAUAGAACAUGUUAAACGUGUGUAUUAAAUACUUCAUGUGUGUAUGUUUGUAGAAAAGAGUCGUAUGUAUAGAUGUGUAGACAGAUAAGGGGUAGUUUGAAUUUGUGUUAGCGGGUAAGAAUUUCUCUCUGUUGUACAUUCUCUGUUUCCAUUUGAGUUACCCUAUUUAAUGUUGUUUUCCACAUUUUUUUGUAACUCUGAACUCAUAAUGCUUCAUCCGUUUAGUUUUAAUAAAGUUCUAAAUAAAAAAGAU